AAUGAUAGUUCAACUGGUUAGAAUGCAUUGGCCAGCGGAAAGAAAGAAAUAAAACAUGAAAAUUGCGUCGCGAUUCGCGUCUCGUGCGCAUCCGACGGCCUGCCUCUUUCACCCGCGUUUGCUACCACUCGGCCUCUCUCUUUCGCUGGCCGCCGCCAAAACCAAUCCCCAAACAACGAUGCUCCGCCGCAUCGCCGCCCUACGGCCGCCGCCGCCGCGCGCGGUGGCGGCGGCGCUCGUCGGAGGGGCCGACGCAGGCUACUCCUCCAAGUCCACCUCCCUCCCCCAGAAGCAGCAGCGCGUCCGCGACCACGCCUUCGACGGCAUCAUGGAGGUCCAGAAGCGCGUCCGCCGCUUCCUCGCGCUCCACGCGCUGCUCCUCUACGCCGCCACCCCCACCGCGCCCUCGGGCAAAUUCUCCGCCGGGGGCAGCGGCGCGGUCUCCGUGCCCUUCUCCCGCCUCGGCGCCCUCUCGCGCCGCCAGCUCCGCCUCGCGCCCCUCGACGCCGGCAACUUCAUGCUGCGCCACCCGCACGCCUUCCACCUCUUCCUCCACCCCGUCCACCGCAUCCUCCACGCGCGCCUCACCCCGCGCGCCUCCGCCGCGCUGCGCCUCGAGGCCGACGCCAUCGCCUCCUUGCGCCCCGGCGCCGUCCUCCGCCUCCGCAAGCUGCUCCUCCUCGCGCCCCCGCACCACCGCCUCCGCCUAGAGCACAUCCGUCUCCUCCGCCGCGACUUCGGCCUCCCCGACGACUUCGCCGACUCCAUCAUCCUGUCCAAUCCCGCCCUGUUCCGCCUCACGCCUGACGGGUUCGUCGAGUUUGUGCCCUCCCCUGACGAUCCACCCGACCUCACCGUCGCCGCCGUCGAGCGCUCCCGGGAGCGCCACUACCGCGAGCACCGCGCUCCCGGUGCCGGCGAGGAGGACGCGCGCUUCGCGUUCCCCACCCGCUUUCCGCCGGGCUUUAAGAUUGGCAAGUAUUUCCGCAUUGCAGUUUGGAAGUGGCAGCGCCUCCCCUACGCUUCCCCGUAUGCGGACGUCUCUGGCCACGACCUGCGCUCACUUGAGGCACAACGCCGCAUGGAGAAGCGUGCUGUCGCUGCUGUCCAUGAGCUGCUCUCUCUCACAGUCGACAAGCGUACCACGCUAGAGCGUCUCGCGCUCUUCCGCGACGCCCUUGGUGUGCCAAAGAAGAUUAAAGAGUUCUUGCGUAAGUAUCAGGGGAUAUUCUACAUAUCAACAAGAGGAAACCAGGGGAAGCUGCACACUGUGUUCCUCCGGGAGGCAUACUAUAAAGGGGAGCUUUUAGAUUCCAAUGAGAUACAUGACGCAAGGCGGAAGCUGGAGGAGCUGCUCUUGAUGAGCCGAGAGAAGGCGAAUUUGGAUCGUAUGUUCACCAGCAUGGGUCGUGGAUGGGAUGAGCUUGGUGGUGGUCGUCGUGGAGGAGCAGAAUUGAGGGAGAAGUUUCUUGGGGAUGCAGGUGGCAGAAAGAGGAAAGUUGGUGCUGGCAUUGAUGACGAUGGUGCCGAUAGUGGGGAGGACUCAGGAGUUGAAUCACUCUACAUCGAAUGAGGAACAGAAUCAUACAAUGACACUGAAUGUCAUAUAGUGAAGCCUGAGUUCUGAAUCUGGCAUGGGAACCAUAUUGGAGGAUUGAUUUAUCAUGCUAGCAUCUACACCAUGGUGUAGUGAUCUUGAGUGAUAAGAGAGUGUUAUAUUCUGAGGUGAAAAUUUGAGUGAGAGUUCUCGUCCUAAACUUGCGGACCCUAUGAAUUGGGGAAGUUAUCACCCUCAAUGCUGCCAUGCAUCUGCACUAGAAUGGUUGAUGGAAUCUUCAUUUGCUCAGCAUUAUGUGAAGGGACAAAGACACAAGCAAGAGAACUCCUUUCUGCCCCCAAGCUAAUUUGAUCAGUGUCAUUUGACUUGCAAACCAAGAUCAAUGGAGAUGUAAUGUUCAUGAGGGCUACUUGAGGAGUAGUGUUCUGCUGCACGGAAACUUUAUUGAGCACCGAUUUGGGGGCCAUCAGACCUGUGGUGGUUGGUGUGCUGUGCCUUCUUCAAGGUAACAUUUCAAGGGUAUUGGGCCACGUAAAGGCAGGAGUUUUCUGCUGUCAGUAUGUAAAAGUUUUUUUUUUUUGAGGAAGUGGAAGUUGAGCUGCCGAUAUAUUAAGCAGGAGUAAACAAAUACAAUGAUUCUCUUGUUUUACAAGAGGUUGGGAUUAAGGUUUCCCACAC